GCGCCGCGUCUGGCACAGGGCGCCGGCGAUUGUUUGCGCGGGGAUGUGCGGUUUUGUUAUUUUUUACUAGAGAUAAGUGUUUCUCGUAUUUCAAUUUUGAUUCAAACAAUUUUAAAGGAGAAAACACAUUCAACUAAAAAGUGUCGUCCUAGCUCAGGCUUACGUCAUUUAUUCUUUCAUAGGCCAAAUCCCAGACUGGCCAGGCAUUCACUUGCCAAUGUUUUAUGUAUGCUUGGCAUUAGUCAAGACUCAGAAUCAAGAUAUUGACUGGGCACCACUCCUCGCAUAGUCAUCCAAGUGUCAAAUGCUGAAGCUGUAGGAGUGCACCCAGCCACAGGCUUAGAUUGGCUGUAAAGUGUAAUCAUUAGUUGUCAAAAUGUUGUCAAAGGCUGAAUUUACUAUAAAGUACGAUAAUGGAAAAAAGCUGGUAUUUUGUGACCGAAUAGACAUGAUCGAUGGUGUUGAGGAGGAACUUUUGCAGGGCACAAUUUUCGUCUACAAGUGUGCGCCACAAAAGGAAAGUGCGGAGACGUGGAAGAAUGUGUUUGAAGAUUUCACAAAGAGAAGAUUCGUCAUUUCCAGCUCAAAGCUCUCUGGCGGACCGAGAGCUAUAUUCAUGGGAAGAUAUUGCUGUGUUCACCGACCCGCACCCCGGACCCGACCCAGAAAGAAGGCCCAGUUCUCCAAGCGCGACUUCGGAUGUCCCACCAUGCUAGUGGUGAAAAUCGAAAAUCCAACACGAACCAAGCGCUCGAAGCGUCCGCCGACCGAUGGCUACAACAUGCGCAUCGUCUCCAACAAGCAGGCGCACACACACUCACUGGAGCGCGCGCUGCCCUUCCGGCGGAUUAGCGCCGACGCGCAGGCGGCGCUGCUGCAGCUGUUUGACGAACACCACACGCUGGCCAGCGCUAUGGAGACGUACAAGCUGCGGCUGCUCGAGCAGCUCGGCGAUAAGUACCUGGAGGAGGCAUCCGACCGCUCCGUGCUGCCCGACAAGAACGCCGCCUACCGACUGUACUACGAGACUUAUCGAAAGCGGUACGGCGACCUGACCAGAAAGCAGGUGCGGAAGCUGCAACAGGACGCUGCGAAACGACGCCAGCUCGGCCAGAAGCCGCUGAAGCACACGGCCUCUUCGGCAGCCGGCGGUUCGCUGUCGACAUCAGUAGCUACAUCUGCUGGCAUGGUGACAGUAUCGGUAUCUACCUCUGUGGGUGGCCUGCCGGCAGCGCUGCCUGCGUCCGCUGCUACAGCUACCGUGGCGUCACCUACAUCGGCCGCUGUAGCGACAGUGCUGCCACCUACAGCCAGUAGCGUUAAAAUGCUGACUGCGGCUCCACCGGUCGCUGAUGGCUUCAAAAAUGUGUUUACCGGUAAGACGAAGACCAGUGGCAGCCACGAAUUGGUUACUCCUAAGCCUGGAGGUGCAGGAGAUGCCCCAAGAGUCCAUUCACCGAUUGCAGUCAUCGACUGUGCCAAUGGCGAAAGUGACCAAGAUGACGACACUCAUGACUUCAUGGACACGCUUGAAUUAGAUUCCACAGACAUGCCCAUCAACUGGGUGACUGCACCAGCACCGUUCGGCAUCUCCUCGGAACAGGAGGUGCCGGGCGGCGAUAUGGUGCCCGUCUCGAGCGACGUGGCCGCUGCCGUGGCCAGUCUGCAGACCACGGCUCCUCACGUGUCCAACGUGAUCACGUACCCGAGUGCCGGCGCCGGGGACGCGCUGCUGGCCGACUCGGCGGGGGUGGUGGUGUACGAGACCGCCGGCGAGGUACCGGACGCGCCGGAGGAGUACGUGACGGUGCCGGCCGGUGGGUCGAUCGUCACCCUCCCCACAGACUGCGUGAUGAGUGGUGAACUGGAGAGUGACUCUGUUGAUCCCCUGGCGCUGGACGAUGGCGCUGUCACCUCCACCCCCGCCGCUCCGGCGGGCCCCACAGACGCCGCCGCGUUCAACUCGGAUGCGCGUGUACCGAGUGUCGAUAAGCUGCGCCGGGCGGUGGGUGAGUGGUCGACGGAGAUCUGUGACCGUCUGAGCAGUGACAGCGACGGGGAGUGGCGGGAGGCCGUGUCCGCCUUCCUGGAGAACUGGGACCGGCUGCCGGCGCCCGGACGGAGGAAGGCGCUCAGCAGCUUCGGCCGUGUGAGCGGCCUGGGUCGGCCGAGCGCCGCGCCGGCGCCCGUGCCCCGGCACACGGCCCUUCCCACCGAGUCGGUCUCCACACAGACCGGGUACGACGACCCGACACCGGAGGGCAGGCCCGGCUCCUUCGUCCUUUGUGUGAUCAGGAAUGAUCACGAUUAUCUGGCAGAGGUGCCCGUCAUGAGGCCUCGUUACAAACAUGUACUGCCAAAGCUAUUCGGACUAGUUUAGUGGAACCAUGGGUAUGGUGACGCUCUGGGUGGCUGUACAUAUAGUGUGUGAUCUUCGUGAAGCUCUCAUCCAUUUGUAAAUUCCGUACAGAUUGUUAUUCAUUAUCAUCGCACCGUGAUCAUGGUUCUUCAUGUGUAUAACUUCACUGAGUCGUGGCAUCAUUUAAUUGGGAGUGCAGUGUUAAAAGGAUGCUUGAAACUGAAAUUGAGGCUGGCGCCGCAUUACGCUAAAACUGUGUGCUCGCCUGGUGAAUAGCUAAGUUUUGAAUUUUGUUUCGGGCUGUUUGGAUUCAUGUUGUUCCCAUCUCUUGAAUGUAUUCACUGGCUGAAUGCAUUGUAGCUACAUUUUGUGAUCGACCUUGUUUUAUGCCUCAGUAAGCGUUGAGUUUUUCAUCGUAAUGUCAGAGAAAUAUAAUUGUAUGUUUGGAA